GAGAUGGAGCUCAUCCUUUUUUUUCAUUUCAUCAAUAAUUAUCCACACCAAACAUUUUUUUUGUUUACCGAAAAAAAAAAAAUCUUCCCAGAGUGGUCACCCCAAUAAUCCAAUGCCCACAUGUUUCCUGUCAUUUUUGGUAUUGCACUCCAGACCCGUACAAUCAUCAUAUAUCCUCCUUCAAGGGUUCUCCAGAUUUUUGUGCGCGAGUAUAAGAGGAAGCUGCAAAAGGGAGGCCCCAAGACCACUGAUAAAUGGAUAGCCAUUCUUGCAAAAUUUAAGAAGAAGAAAGAAAAAAAAAUCUGCCAUUUAUAAGAAUCAUUUCUUCAACUCCCAAAACUCAAAGCUCUACUUUCCCUCUUCAAAUAAGGUUAUUGGUGAAGCAGGGGGGAGACAAAGAGAAACAAAUAUAUAUUAUUGUUGGGGAAAUAAAAGGAAAAUGGAGAGUGGGUGGAGGAGGAAGAGAGUGGCGGUGGUGGGUGGGGGCAUAAGUGGACUGGUGUCAGCCUAUGUCUUGGCUAAGGGCGGCGCCGCCGUGGUGCUGUACGAGAAAGAAGCCUGUCUCGGCGGCCAUGCCAAAACUCUCACACUGCACAAUGCCAUCCAUUUGGACCUUGGUUUCAUGGUUUUCAAUCGGGUUACAUACCCAAACAUGAUGGAAUUCUUUGAGUCUCUUGGAGUUGACAUGGAAACCUCAGACAUGUCAUUUUCUGUGAGCUUAGACAACGGCCAUGGCUGCGAGUGGGGCAGCCGAAACGGUUUCUCUGGUUUGUUUGCGCAGAAGAAGAACAUAUUGAACCCAUACUUUUGGCAAAUGCUGCGCGAAAUUCUCAAGUUCAAGCUCGAUGCCCUUAGUUACCUUGAGGAGCUUGAAAAUAAUCCUGACAUGGAUCGUAACGAUACGUUGGGAGAAUUCAUCGAAUCCCAUGGAUACUCAGAGCUGUUUCAGAAGGCUUAUAUAAUUCCAAUGUGUGCUUCCAUAUGGUCAUGCCCAUCAGAAGGGGUGAUGAGCUUUUCUGCUUAUUCCAUUCUUUCAUUCUGUCGCAACCACCACCUUCUGCAGCUCUUUGGUCGCCCGCAGUGGCUAACUGUUAAAGGACGGUCACACAGUUAUGUCAACAAGGUUAAGAAAGAGCUGGAGAAGAGAGGGUGCGAAAUAAGGUGCGGUUGUGAAGUAGAGUCUGUCUCAACAAAUGAACAAGGUGGUGUAGUGAUCAUCAGUGGUGUGAGAAGGUCUCAAGAAACAUAUGAUGGGUGCAUAAUGGCAGCACACGCCCCGGACACUUUGAAAAUGUUGGGGGAUGAGGCAACAUUUGAUGAAACUAGAAUCCUUGGCGCUUUUCAGUACGUGUACAGUGAUAUAUACCUUCACCACGAAAAAAAUUUCAUGCCACGGAACCAAGCAGCAUGGAGCGCGUGGAAUUUUCUUGGAACCACGGAUGAGAGAAAAGUGUGUCUUACAUAUUGGCUAAACACUCUGCAGAACCUGGGAGAGACAGGGCAGCCUUAUCUGGUGACUCUCAACCCGCCUCGGGCACCUGAGAAUUAUUUACUCAAGUGGACAACGGGUCAUCCAGUUCCAUCAGUUGCUGCAUCAAAAGCUUCAUCUCAGCUGCAACAAAUUCAAGGAAAGAGGAAUAUAUGGUUUUCUGGUGCAUAUCAAGGGUAUGGAUUCCAUGAGGAUGGACUAAAGGCUGGCAUGGCUGCUGCACACGAAUUGUUAGGGAAGAGUUGCAUUCCUCUGAACAACCCGAGGCACAUGGUGCCAACUUGGCCAGAAACAGGAGCGCGUCUUCUAGUAACAAGGUUCCUCAGAAGUUUCAUUGCUACUGGAUGCAUUAUCUUAUUGGAAGAAGGGGGCACAAUAUUCACCUUUGAAGGAACAGACAAGAAAAACUUGCUCAAAGUUUCACUUAGAGUUCAUAGUCCACAGUUUUACUGGAAGGUUGCAAGUCAGGCUGAUUUAGGCCUUGCAGAUGCUUAUAUUCAUGGAGAUAUCUCUUUUGUUGAUAAAAAAGAAGGCCUUCUUACCCUUUUCAAGAUCUUUGUUGCAAACAGAGAUCUAAAAGCUUCAGUCUCAAGAACUAAUAGCAAAAGGGGCUGGUGGACGCCAUUGCUUUUUACAUCAGCAAUAGCAUCAGCCAAAUAUUUCAUCCAACAUGUUUCGAGGCAAAACACUCUUACUCAGGCUAGACGGAACAUAUCUCGGCACUAUGAUCUGAGUAAUGAACUCUUCUCUCUCUUUUUAGAUGAAACAAUGACUUACUCAUGUGCAAUAUUUAAGAGUGAAGUUGAAGAAUUGAAAACGGCACAGAUGAGAAAAAUAUUGCUUCUGAUUGAAAAGGCAAAAAUUUGUAAAGAACAUCACAUUCUCGAGAUCGGAUGUGGUUGGGGAAGUUUAGCUAUAGAAGUUGUGAAAAGAACGGGAUGCAAAUAUACCGGCAUUACCCUCUCAGAGCAACAACUUAAAUAUGCAGAGGCAAAAGUCAGAGAAGCUGGCCUUCAAGGUAACAUAAGGUUUCUCCUUUGUGAUUAUCGACAAUUGCCUGGAAGCCACAAAUAUGACAGAAUCAUAUCUUGUGAGAUGUUGGAAGCAGUUGGCCACGAAUUUAUGAACGAUUUUUUUGCUCACUGUGAAUCAGCUCUAGCAGAAGAUGGCAUCCUUGUUCUGCAGUUCAUAUCAAUACCAGAUCAGAGGUAUGAUGAAUACAGGCAGAGCUCAGAUUUCAUCAAAGAGUAUAUAUUCCCGGGUGGAUGCCUACCCUCUCUCAGCAGAGUAACAUCAGCCAUGGCUGCUGCCUCUAGGCUCUGUGUGGAGCAUCUGGAAGACAUUGGAAUCCAUUACUACAAGACCCUCAGAUGCUGGAGGGAGAACUUCCUUGAAAGACAGAGAGACAUUCUUGAUCUGGGAUUUGACCACAAGUUCAUCCGGACAUGGGAGUAUUACUUUGAUUAUUGCGCUGCCGGAUUCCAAACCUGCACGCUAGGAAACUAUCAGGUGGUGUUCUCCCGACCUGGGAAUGUGGCUGCAUUCGGUGAUCCAUACAAGGCAUUGGCUUCAGCUUAUUGAGCGUUCAUAUGAAAUCCCCAUUCAUAUUCUUAGCAGGGAGCGAUGGCGGCAUUCAAAAAGAUUGAAUUUUUACUGGUGACCUCCAGUUAUUUGUCCCCCUCACUAUUUGAGUUUGCAAUUAGAGUAGGAAAAUGGAAUUUUAUCCCUUUUUUUCACACAUUUACAAAGAUUGAAUAGUAAUGAGUGUAAGUGAAUUUUUGAAGAAAGGAAGAAGGUAAAU